CAUUAAGUUGCGUUGACAGCGUCCCGCCUAUCAUAGCUCCUAUCCAAUCACGCCAUAAUUUUUUUCGGUGGGUAGUUCAAAAUCUAAACUGUAAAGGCAAACAUCCUGCGUCAUACAGAUCUGCACUACAAAUGAACCAUAGCCUAUAGGCUACUUUGUGAUGUAGGCCUACGUGACGAUGUUUCAGCAGCAGCUUUACUAUUUUCGGACAUUUAGACUAGGCUACAGCACAUGAAAGAAAGAAAUUCAAUCGGACAUCGCUGUGACACUGCUCAUGGAGGAUCAUCGUAGCCUAUUCGAAUGGCUGACACACUCUGCAAUGCCUCUGCCCAAGGAAACCUACCCAAAGUGUUGUUUUUGCUGCAAAGUGGAGCAGAUGUUAAUGGAUUUAGUUCACGCAACAUGACUGCACUGCAGGUUGUCAAGUUGGGGAACGACGCCCUGGUAAGGGUUCUUCUCGAGGCCGGGUCAGACCCCAACGUACGCGACCCAUUCUGUGGCCUCACGGUGACGCAUGACGCCGCGCGCGAGGGAUUCAUAGAUUCUGUGCGUGUGCUGGUGAACCACGGGGCAGAUUUAAACAUUGUGGAUAAUAAAGGUAACCUCCCGCUGCACCUGGCAGCCAGGGAGGACCAUCUGAAUGUGGUCCAGCUUCUGAUCGGACUCACGGCGAACCCCCAAACCCCCAACGGAGAGGGACUUACAGCCGGUCAGCUCGCGCAACUCCACGGGAAGGUUACCACUGCCCAAUACAUCGAGGACUAUUUGAGCGCGCACUAAAGGAAGAGGAGGAUGACGAUUAAACUCUGUGAUGCUUCUGCUUUUCUGCUCAUGCCAUUUUGCUGACGCUUUAACAUUUUAUUCUAGCCUGUAUUGAUUUAUAUAUGGUUCAUAAUAAUUUUUGGUUAUAAUACUGUCAUUGAUAAAAGGACCACGCCGACUUAUUGGGACUCUACCUUUUUCACCGUAUCCCCCAGAGCUAGAGAAGUCCAUGAUACAUACCCUUCUCAUCUCCGUGCGUGUCAUAACUCUGUCUGACGCACCCACCGCUAGCAGUGGCGGUUCUAUAUUGAAUCACACCCUGGGCGAGACCCCUUUCUGCACAAAACAGUUCAAUUAUAUUUCUCAAUUGCACAAAUCCUUCAUUAGAGCAUUUGAAAAAACACACUUAAGAGAAUCCAG